CUCUUCCAGCCAUGAGCUAAGCUCACGUCACCCCGGGUGCAGGAUGACUGCUGUCUGCCCAUCUGAGAGCAGCCCAGAAGGAGCUGAAGCUGGGGCCGGGACAGCAGGCUCCAGGGGGUCGGGGGCAGCAGGCACCGCUGGAAGCAUCUCAGUGUCUGGGGCUGAGACUGGGGACUCUAAUGGAGACUCUGUCAGAGGCUCAAUUGGAGGCACAGCUGUGGUCGCUGGUGGCCAGAGGUACACCCGCUGGAGCCGCCAGGACAGCUCAGACAUCAACACAGACGAUGAGGGAGCCACCAUUCGCCGCCUCACUCCACUGGAAAGACUGAACCUGGAUAUGUGCCAGGAUGAAAGGGUGGUCCGUGAGCUAACUGUGGGCAGAAGAAUCGGCUUCUACAAAAUUCGAGGAGAGAUUGGCUGUGGGAAUUUCUCCCAUGUCAAGCUGGGAAUUCAUGCCCUCACCAAAGACAAGGUGGCCAUAAAGAUCCUAGACAAAACCAAGCUGGAUCAGAAGACCCAGAGGCUGCUGUCCAGAGAGAUGUCCAGCAUGGAGAAACUACACCAUCCCAACAUCAUACGCCUCUAUGAGGUGGUGGAGACAUUGUCACGGUUACACCUGGUGAUGGAGUACGCAGGGGGAGGGGAGCUCUACACCAAGAUUACUACAGAAGGGAAGCUUUCUGACACUGAAAGCAAAAUCGUCUUUGCUCAGAUCCUCUCUGCUGUUAGACACAUGCAUGAAAACAACAUUAUCCACCGUGAUCUGAAGGCAGAAAAUGUGUUCUACACCAGCAGCUCUUGCGUCAAGGUCGGGGACUUUGGUUUUAGCACGCUGAGUCGCCGUAGUGAGACACUCAACACAUUCUGCGGCUCUCCGCCCUACGCCGCUCCUGAGCUCUUUCGGGAUGAGCAUUAUGUUGGCAUCUUUGUAGACAUCUGGGCCCUGGGGGUGAUGCUGUUCUUUAUGGUGACAGGCACGAUGCCGUUCAGGGCAGACACUGUGGCCAAACUGAAGCGAUGCAUCUUGGAGGGAGCCUACAUCCUGCCCUCGUGGGUGCCAGAGGCAUGCCAGAGGCUGAUCAGGGGAAUCCUCCAACCUAUACCAUCUGACCGCUGCACAGUGGAGCAGAUGAUCGGAUGUGAGUGGCUACUCCCUGUGGACUUCCCUCGCGCAAUGGAGCCCUUUAAACUAGACCCAUCCUACCUAGCAGAGAGUGAACCAUCUGAACUCGGGGAGGAAGAGAUGGAGGUAAAGGCAGCACUGGAGACACUAGGGAUCACCUCAGAACACAUCCUCAACAACCAGGGGAAAGACUGCAGGAGCUCAAUCACAGGGGUCUAUCGGAUCCUGCUACACCGUGCUCACAAGAAACGGGCUGUCGAGAGCGUGCCCGCCGUCACAAAGGUAGUCGGACCAACACCAACGAGUAAAAAGGAACGACUAAAAGUGUACCGUAGUUUGAGGCAUACAUCUAAACUCUGUGUGAUUCUGUGACAAAAUGCUGGAAAGACUUUGUAGUCUGGGAUAAGAUUGCAUGGAUUUCAUUAUAAAUAAAAAAGUGCUUUACAGUCCAGCAGUUUAAAUUGAAAUCAUGGCAUAUAACCCCACUCAGCUCCUGAAAUCUGGGAUUUCUUACUUUAGUAACUUUCUUCUAGUAAGUAAAAUUAGUCUCUGUGAGAAUGCUGCCAGUGAAUCACUAUUGUCUCCUUUUUUGACAGGGACAGGUACCUGUAAUCCUCAUGAGAUUAGGGAAAUGUUGUUAAAUAUAAUUUAUUUAACUGACAUUAUGAUGGUUAGAUGUCAAACACAGCUUUUCAUUUGGAUCAUGCAGACCGGAUCAUUUAUAGCCCUUAACCAUCCUAUGCUCAGUUUUGCUGGAUAAACCCAAUAAAACCUUUGAGAAGUCAAUGUAGCAUAAAUAUUAAGGAAACAAGUUAGAAAUCCACAACAUUAUGCUGAGGUGAUAAUGUGGUGAAACAUGAAAUGUGGUGUAUUUAAUGUUUAAUUGCACUUUUCUUCGAUGCCUUAGUUUUCUAUCAUGUUAUGAAAUCAGACAGACUGGUUUUUAUUACACUCCUAUAAAGUUUAUGAUGAUAUGAAUAGAGAUUGCACAUCCUACCUUCUUAUGUGAUGUAUCUCCAUGAGAUGUUAGACUGAUUGACCUGAAUGACCUCACUCUGUUUUCCUUGUGGCCUGAAAAAGCCAAUAAAUGUCAUUAAGCUACAAAUACCAACAUACCAACCACCAAAGUUUUUAGUUCUUCAUGUGGCAAAAUCAAUUUUCGGUUACUACUCAGGCAAUUUCUGUAUGAAUUUCAGUAAUUAGGUUUUUUAAAUUAUC